AUGACAGGUUCUUGGAUUAGAGCAGCUGAUUCAUUCAAUUUACUUGCUACAGAGGUUGGUGGUGUUGAAAAAUUGGAGUAUACUAGACAAGAUGCAUACAGCUUCAUUCAAAGGGAUAAAAGAAGCAGAAUUGAACAGGGUGAUGCCAACUCUCUCUUACAAUUAUUCAUGGAGCGCCAAAAUGAAGAUAGCAUGUUUGCACGGGAUUUCCAAAGUGAUGAGGAGGGCAAACUUACAAGCUUUUUCUGGAGUGAUGGGUCUUGCAGACUAGAUUAUGAUUGUUUUGGAGAUGUCAUCAUUUUUGACACUAGCUACUAUUUGAAUAAGUAUAAUUUAUGUUGUGCUCCUUUCAUUGGGAUUAACCACCAUUGGCACAAUGUUCUAUUCGAAGUUGGUUUUUUAUCUAACGAGACGAUAGAAUCAUUUAAGCGGUUAUUAAAAACCUUCAUUCGUAUAAUGGUAAGAGCAAUUGCUUUCGUUGGCAAUUACUUCCAAUUCCAAUGUUUACUUCCAAUUCCAAUGUUUACCGAUCAGGAUCAAGCGAUGGCAAGAGCAAUUGCUGAUUAUCUUCCAAUCACAAGACAUAGAUUAUGCCAAUGGCAUAUUUAUAAGAAAUUACCCCAACAAUAA